UUUAUUCCAACUGAGACACUUCAUAUUUCCCAUCACACACACACAACUAGGACAAAUCAACCAUUUUUCAUUUUCUUUCUUCAUCUUCUUCUUCUUCUGUUAGCUGGCUAGGGUUCUGAUGGUCAUGUUCAUGGCCGAAAAACACAUAUUUUUGCCUAUAGUCCUUAUGUUACUCGUGGUUUUAGCCAGUGCUAACCAUGCAGUAAAUAAAGAAGAAGAAGCUGACAGAAUAAUUUCACUUCCUGGCCAACCUAAGGUUCCAUUUCAGCAAUUCUCUGGCUAUAUUACUGUCGAAAAAACCGCUGGCCGAGCUUUGUUUUACUGGCUUACUGAAGCUGUUUCUGAUCCUUUGUCUAAACCUUUGGUUAUUUGGCUCAAUGGAGGGCCUGGUUGCUCCUCAGUGGCCUAUGGUGCAUCAGAGGAAAUAGGCCCAUUCAGAAUAAACAAGACUGCCUCAGGUUUGUAUCUUAACAAGUUCUCAUGGAAUAUUAUGGCCAAUCUCUUGUUCUUGGAAGCUCCCGCCGGCGUCGGCUUCUCUUACAGCAACCGCUCUUCUGACCUGGAAGAUACUGGAGAUAUUCGCACGGCUAAGGACUCACUGGAAUUCUUGCUCCGAUGGAUGGAUCGAUUCCCACGAUACAAACUCCGCGAUGUUUAUAUUACGGGAGAGAGUUAUGCAGGGCAUUAUGUUCCUCAGCUAGCUAGAGAAAUUAUGAUGUACAAUAAAAGGACUAAGCAUCCAAUACAUCUCAAAGGAAUUAUGGUCGGAAAUGCAGUUACAGACAACUAUUACGACAACCUUGGCACAGUCGCGUAUUGGUGGAGCCACGCGAUGAUCUCUGACAAAACGUAUCAGCAAUUAAUGCACACAUGUGAUUUUCGUAAGCAAAAAGAAUCGGAUCAAUGUGAAUCAUUGUAUUCGUAUGCAAUGGAUCAAGAAUUUGGCAAUAUUGAUCAAUAUAAUAUCUAUGCACCUCCUUGUAACAAGUCUGAUGGUAGCACAUCUGCUCGUCGGAGCAUUCAAUUGCCUCAUUAUCCCCAUAAGAUUUUUCGUCAGCUAUCAGGAUAUGAUCCUUGUACUGAAAAGCAUGCUGAGGUUUAUUACAAUAGGCCUGAUGUGCAAAAAGCAUUUCAUGCUAACAUAACAAAAAUUCCAUACAAGUGGACUGCCUGCAAUGAACUUUUGAAUCGAAACUGGAAUGAUACAGAAGUUUCCAUUCUUCCAAUUUACCGGCAAAUGAUUGCCGGUGGCCUUCGGGUUUGGGUGUUCAGCGGCGAUGUGGACUCCGUGGUGCCGGUUACCGCUACUCGAUAUUCUCUUGCACAGCUUAAGCUAUCAACAAAAGUUCCAUGGUAUCCAUGGUACGUGAAGAAUCAGGUAGGAGGAUGGACAGAAGUGUAUGAAGGGCUAACAUUUGCAACAGUGAGAGGAGCAGGCCAUGAAGUCCCACUUUUCAAGCCUAGAGCAGCUCUUCAGCUAUUCAGAUCAUUUCUAAAAGGAGACCCACUUCCCAAAUCUUGAAAUUGAAAAAAAAAAUUGAAAGAAUUUUCUUUCUAAAUUCAAUUAACAAGUUUUAUUUGGUAUUGUUAUUGUUGUAGACAAAAGAAUUGUCUCAUUUUUUUAACCAUUGAAAAAACAAAUUGGUAGGAAGAAAAUCUCAAUUGUGGAAUAGAGAAAGAAAAAAAAAGUUGUGGUGGAGGAAAAAGGAUUUUGGUUGUAAUUAAUUAUGUAUUAGUUUAAAUAUUGAUUUCCAAUGAUUUGGUGGGAAUAAUUAAAAAGGAAAAUUGAUUAA